AUGGGUGUUUGUGUGACAAAAAUGGAAGCAUAUGAUCAUUUGAAAGUGGUAGGAUUUAUCAAGGGUUAUAAUAAUUGGAUAGCACAUGGAGAACUUUCAAACUACAAUGAAGCCACAUCUAAUUCUGAAAAUACAUCAAUUGGGGUUUCAAAUGGGACUAAUGACAUGCAAGACUUGGUCCAUGAUGUAUUUGGGAUACCACAUGGAACAAAUGAAUUGAAUAGAGAAGGGGACAUUCCUGUUUCAGAGGCUGAAAAAUUUUACAAAUUGAUUGAUGAUUCUCAACAGGAUUUGUACAGUGGUUGCAAAAAUUUCUCGAAAUUGUCUUUCAUUAUUCGUUUGCUUCACCUAAAAUGCCUGGGUAAGAUGAGUAACAAGAUUUUUAAUAUGCUUGUUGAGCUGUUGAGAGAAGCAUUUCCGGAGGCCAUGACUAAUUUGCCGUCUUCUUACUAUGAGGCUGAGAAAUUGAUGAAUACAUUGGGGCUGGGUUAUGAAAAGAUCGAUGCAUGUCCUAAUGAUUGUUCUCUUUAUUGGGGUAGUGCUGAAAAAAGAACUUCAUGCGAAACAUGUAACGAGCUUAGGUGGGUUGCUUCAGAAAAUGAUCCAACUGGGGAAAAAAGGAAAAUUCCUCAAAAAGUGUUGUGGCAUUUUCCCUUAAAACCUAGAUUACAAAGACUAUUUAUGUCUUCUAAAAUUGCAUCUCAAAUGAGAUGGCAUGAGGAAAAACGUACAAAAGAUGGUUGUAUGAGACAUCCAGCUGAUUCUCCAGCUUGGCAAACUUUUGACCAUCUACAUCCAGAAUUUGCUAAGGAUUGUCGAAAUGUUAGAUUGGGGUUGGCAUCUGACGGGUUUAAUCCAUUCAACAACAUGAGUUCUACACACAGUACUUGGCCUGUAGUUUUAAUACCAUAUAACUUACCUCCGUGGAUGUGUAUGAAGCAACCGUACUUCAUGUUGUCCUUGUUAAUACCCGGACCAUCCUCUCCUGGGAAUAAUAUUGAUGUUUAUCUACAGCCUCUAGUUAAAGAAUUGACCGAAUUGUGGGAUUUUGGCAUUCAAACUUAUGAUGCAUCCCAAAAAGAAAAUUUUCAAUUGCAUGUGGCUCUGUUGUGGACCAUUAGUGAUUUCCCUGGAUAUGCAAUGUUAUCUGGCUGGAGCACUAAAGGUGAAUAUGCUUGUCCUGUUUGUCACAAGUUCACUCAUGCACGACGGUUGACUCAUAGUUUCAAAUAUUGCUAUAUGGGUCAUCGGAGAUUCUUAGAUAGUAAGCAUAAAUUUAGAAAGCAAGCCCAAUUCUUUGAUGGCACCGAAGAACAUGGAAAGCGACCACCUUUGCAAACCGGGGAUAUGAUUGUGAGUGAAUUGGGAGACUUGCAAAUUAAAUUUGGAAAACUUGUGAAAGGUAAUCCGAAGCUGCCUUUCAAUUGGAAAAAGAGGAGUAUUUUCUUUGACUUGCCAUAUUGGAAAGAUAAUGUCUUAAGACACAAUCUUGACUUCAUGCACAUUGAGAAGAAUGUUUGUGAAAAUAUUUGGGGGACAUUGCUGGAUAUUGAGGAUAAAGCAAAGGACCAUUAUAAUUCCCGCCGUGAUUUGAGAGAAAUGGGAAUAAGAAAAGAGCUGCAUCCCAUUGAGACAGAACCUGGAAAGCAAUUGAUGCCUAUAGCUUUGAGAAAGACUUUGCCAAAAUCAGUGCGCUAUCCUUUGAUUCGAUUGAGUAGAUACUUCAGGCAGCUUUGUUCUAAAGUUAUUUGUCCUCAAGAUGUGGUUCGUUUGGAAAGUGAAAUUGCCGUCAUACUCUGCGAUCUUGAGAAAUGCUUCCCACCAACCUUCUUCGAUGUCAUGGUGCAUUUAGUUGUUCAUUUGGCAACUGAAGUGAAAUUAGGUGGGCCGGUGUAUUAUCGUUGGAUGUAUCCUAUAGAGAGGUACUUAGGAACAUUAAAAUCUUAUGUUCGAAAUAAAAGUAGGCCUGAAGGUUCGAUUGCUCAAGGCUACUUGGCAGAAGAAUGCAUUAACUUUUGCUCAUUGUAUCUUGCGGACUAUGUUGAGACAAAAUUCAAUCGUCCAAGCAGAAAUGAAGAAGUACAUAAGGAAAUUGAAGAUGGUUUAGAUAUAUUCUCUGAAUCAGGACAUCCUUUGGGGAGGGGCAAGCCAACAGUCUUUGAUGCUCAUAUCUUGAGUAAAGCACAUCAGUAUAUUUUAUUUAAUUGUGAUGCUGUCACACCUUACAUAGAGCAGCAUCGUAGAUUGAUAGAAGAAGGACAUCCUCAAAUUCCACAGCAUCUAAAAGAGCGCUUGCACAGCGAAAAUUUUGCAUGUUGGUUUGCUGAACAUAUUGACAAGUUAGAACUUCCUCAAAAUGUUUCGGUGUUGAGAGAGUUGAGGUUCCUUGCUAAAGGUCCAGAUGUUGUUGGAAUCCAACAUGACAGGUUUGUUGUUAAUGGAUUUCGGUUUCACACCAAAGAAGUUGAGAAGAAAAGAAAAACGCAGAAUAGUGGUGUUACAGUCAAUGCAACAACAUCCAAUUUUGCAAGUAUAAGGGAUCAAAAUCCAGUUUUGAGUGAACUAGUUUACUUCGGCGUCUUGAAAAAAAUGAUUGAAUUAAUUUACGGAGGUCGUCGGGUGGUGUUAUUCGAAUGUGAUUGGAUAUCAAAUGGUUCGAGAAUUAAACAAGAUGCUGAUGGGUUUACUUUAGUCAAUUUUGCAAACGUGAGGCCUCAUGUUGAGCCAUUUAUACUCGCUUCACAUGCAUCACAGAUUUUUUAUGUGGAAGAUCCAACUGAUAAGGAUUGGCAAGUGGUUAUCUCUACCACUGCAAGAGCUGGAUAUAACAUGGGCACAACUAUGGAUGUUGAGACAUAUUUGCAAAGUGAUGUUGGCAAUCCUGUUGUUGAGAAUGAAAAUGAGGAAAUUAGUUGGGUUCGUAAGAAUGGACUUGGGAUUGAAGUUGAUUUGUCCCAAUAUAAUUUGAUUUAG